AUGCAUCCGUUGGUGUCUUGGUUCCUUUUGAUCGUUCUUCUUUUCUCACUUUCCACGCAGGCACAACUCGAAGACGAUGAUGAUAUCAGUUUCGAGAAACGAGCCGCCCCAAUGCGCAAUGCACUUGUGCGAUUUGGAAGAGCCGCGCCGAAUGGAGGAUUGAGGAAUGCCUUGGUUAGAUUCGGAAAGCGCUCGUCUGUCUCCACCCAGGACAAGCGAAACGCUCAACCACAACCAUUUGUGCGAUUCGGCUGCAAUAUGCCAACAAUUAGAGACAACACAAAAACCUUUUUCCCC